AUAUAGACCUUCCCCGACCAGCUCGGAGAGAAUUCUUUUGACAUUCAGACAAGCAAAAGCCAAAGCUCCUUCUUUUCUCCGGACCUUUCGAUUCUUUCGCCCUUCCCUCUCCCAUUUCGGGUGCGGGACUCUGCAUCUGCUCCUCCAUUAGCACACGCAGCAGAGAGGCAACACAGAACUACGCUAGACCAUACAAUGUCCUACACUUCCUCCUCCCGCUUUUCCAGAUCACCUUCCCCCGCGCCUCGCACUAGACGACCUUCUCCGUUGGAAAGAACCUCAUUGCACCUCCGUCUCAGCCUGCUCUCCGGCGAGAAAUAUGACCAGGAAAGCAGUGCCAAGGAACCCGAUCUUCGUCGCUGCCUCAGCCAUGCCCACAUCCACGCCAAGUCCAUGGCUAUGGUCAAGCGAGACAUUCGCGUCCACAUCCGCUCCAUGGGCAUGGCCAUGGACGAUGACAGCGACGAGGAGCUCCUUGAUCACGAAGUCCUCCCGCCGCCACCGUCGCGCCGAUCGUCCCGCAGCAGCUCCAAGUCCGCUGCGGCCCCACGGGUGACGGUAUCACCCAAACCCAGCGAGAAAUCGAGUCUGCUCGAUAAGGGUCGCAAGUGCUUGGAGAAGCUUUUCCCUCGCAAGAACAACGUGCAUCUAGCUCAGUCUAGAGUUACCGUCGUCACUUGAAGCCCGUCCAUCUCUUCGCCUGCUCGUCUCUCGGUUUAAACCCCCACUGCUAGUGCUUAUCGGUUUCGCCACCAACCUCUACUACCCAUAGUAUGAUGAUAUCCAUCUCUGCUUGUGGUAAUCACGCCAUUUCGGGUACCCGCGCCCAUACCCAUGGUGCUUCACCGUCACCUAGACUGCCCGUCAGAGUCUCUUGUCAGUCCUAUUCAUCCCGCCAGUCCGUUCGAGACUGGCGCGCUCUCAUCCGGUUGAGAGCCUUGACCUGACGCCGGCUUCUGGUCGUGAAGUCCAUAUUACUAUCUCCUUC